CCGUUCCAGAUCCGUCGCUCAAACCGACGCUCACGAAGUCGCAGGCCUGCUGCAGGCGCGCGCUAGCCUCUAACUUCGCUCUGGCCGACCUCGUCAUUCCUCUACGUCUGUCUAUCUCUCUCUCUCGAGCGCUCGUCGCAAGGUGAAAUUUUGCGCGGAGAGAUCGAUUUAAGGCCUGCAUUGGUGCCCUGAGCCUCACCUUCAACGAGAAUUCGCCAUGGCGAAACUGGGGAGGGGUCCAAUUCUCUUCGCCAUUCUUCUGCUGAGAUUCACUUUCGCCGUGGGCCUCGAGUGUGAGGAUCUCUCGAUUGAAGAUUGCGCGUUUGCAGUGUCAUCGACGGGUGCGCGUUGUGUUCUCGAAAAGUCGACACUCCAGAACGGAGAAACGUCAGCGGAAUGUCAAACCUCCAUCAUCAUGGCGGAGAAACCGUUGGAGUGGAUCGAAACUGACGAGUGCAUCAAAUCAUGCGGGCUGGAACGGGUUUCCUACGGCCUGUCCACCGAUGCACUGAUGGAGAAAGGCUUCACAGCUAAACUCUGCUCAGCAGAAUGUCAGAAUAACUGCCCCAAUAUUGUUGAUUUGUAUAUCAAACUCGCAGCCGGAGAAGGUGUGUAUUUGCCACGCCUAUGCACUUCCCAGAAGUCCAGGUCUCGUCGCUUGAUCGCAGAUCCAGUGCAGGCUCUGAAGGCAGUCGCUGGGUCGGAUCCUCAGAUUGUAGUAACCAGCGACACAUGGAAACAGAGCGAGGUCGCUCCCGGUCCACUUGAAGCAGCUGCCUACUCCCCGACAUCUCUACCUCAGUCUAACCUCGAAGAGAGUGCACUUACACCAGCCCAAUCGCCAGAAUCAGACAUAGCCUAUCUUCCCAUAAGUCGCUCAGCGGCCGAGGUCUACCCGACAGCAGGACCGACCGCGCUUCCUAGCGUUGCUAACGCGGCGACCUCCACCACAGUCGCAGUUUCAGUUGCACACACCUCUGCGGAAGAUCUCGAGAAUGAAUACCAUCAGUGAAUACUAUCCAUGAUGCAUCCCGAUAUUCAUCCAUCCGUAGGAACUAGAGACUUCGAAUAGAACGUACGAACGGGUGAUUUGCUUUUUUGCUGUCAAUAACGGAUCUGCAGGCGGUGCUCGACAUCGCCCAGUCCAAGAGGGCAACCACCAGAAGGCCAAGGAUAGACAUAUCCACUCACAAGAAUUAGUCCGGUUGCUAAUUUUGCUGCUUUUGGAUAUUGUGAGAAAAACUGAGCAGAUUUUAGUUGUAGGCCUCCUGGAACUGCAAAAUUAUUCUUUUCUAUCCAUCAACCUAUAGUUAGAUGACAAUGACCCAACAUUUUAGACGUAGAGCUGACGGUGCCGCACUGCUUCGAGCGACGAGAACUGUUUCAAGACAUACAUAACCGGUCUCCGGCUUCUAGGUUGAACAAACUUUCAGCAUAUUAUGCAGAAUUGUGGCAAUUGUUUUUGCCAAUGAAUUUAAUGAAUGAAUACUGUGGAACAUUCAGAGUU